ACGAAAUAGCUGGGUCCGAAUACAGUCACUUUGACUUUCGAUAUAAUUAGGCCACCAGCUCUACUACUCCCUAAAACAUUCGCAACAUUAAAUCAGGUAGCAGGUAACAGACUCAGAUCUCUGCAUUUAUUAACUGCGCAAUCGUCUUUUACUAUCCAUGCAAUCAUUUCAGGCUGAAGAUUCCCAGCUGCAUAAAUGCGCCAGCUUUGCAUUGCAAUCUCAGCACAAGCCUUGCCAAGUAUCGAACGCUUCGGAUUUGCGAUUAUCCCAUCACUAUAUGAGGGUUAUGGCGCGCAGAUAGUAGAAGGAGACUUGCUUUCUGAAACAAAUGCUAGUACUGCUAAUACUUCUAUCCCCCCCCCUUAUAAUAACACAGUUACAAAUACUACUUCUCUGUAUCCGAAAUCUCCAAGCUCUUGGAUUAUGCAGCUAUAGAAGCACUUCUGAAUGCUUAACUUCAGAUCCACAAGCAGGAGAUCGCCGGACUUCAUAAUACUCUCAAGUCUGAAAUCAUAGAGCUGCUUGCUGAGCAUAAGAAGGACGUAAGGCAAAUGCUAAGUGCUUGCAAGACCGAGUUUGCUAGGAAAUUGGCUUCAUCGGAGGAACGGAUUAGAGAUGAUGUUAUAGGAGGAUUGACAGACUUGAUUGAGGAGAAAGUUGUAGAUGAGAUGGAAGGGAUUCAAGACUAUGUAAUAGAUAGCAUCACAUCGAUGUUCUUGACAGCUG